AUGCCGCCCGCGCUCCCGUUGAGCGGGCCGUCGCUGCACGACAUCCUCCCCGCGGACGUGCUCACCCACGUGCUCGCCGCGCUCCCCGAGGCGGACCUGCUCGCCCUCUCGUGCUCUUGCCGCCUCCUCCACCGGCUCGUCGAGGACCCGGCCGUCUGGCGAGCCUCGAUGCGCCGGCGGCACGGCCCGGUCAUCGAACGCCUCUUCGGCGACGCGCUUCCCGCUCCGCCUGCCGGCCGCUCCUGGAGGGAGCACGCACUCGCGUUCGAUACCGAGUGGCUCGCGCUGGCCCGCGCGCCGGCCGAGCCGGGCGGCCAGGGACGGCUUCUUCUACGGAUGCGCUCCGAGUGCGCCGCCGCCUGGCCGACGUGGCUUGGCGUCCCCCCGGGCGGCGAUCCGCUCUUCACCGUCCGCCUGCCCCUCGUGCGCACCGCGAUCCCCGUCUACUCGCUCAUCGCCGCGCCAAAGACGUUUGGGGUGUACGACGCGACGUCGUUCGCCGCCAACCACCCCGGCGGCGGCGCGCUGAUCCACAUGGGCAUGGCGUGCGCGGGCGACGACUGCACCGACCUCUUCGACGCCGCCAACCACACCGAGCACGCCCGCUCCAUCCUCCGAGCCCUCGUCGUUCCCGGCCUCGAGCAGCUGCCCGAGCCGCCGCCGCUGAAACGGCCGCAGCCGAGCCUGCUGCGCCGCACCGCCGCCAGAGCCGUGGCCGCGCUCCGCGCGAUGCCCCACUCCCUCGCCUGCUUCGCCACGAAGCGCCGCGAGGUUGGGUUUGUCAAGGAUGAGGCGCUUGCGGCGGCGCGGCGGGCAGCGGCGGCGAGGGCGGUGGCGGCGCGGGCGGUGGCGCGGGCGGUGGCGCGGGCGGCGGCGCGGGGCGCGUAUAGCGCCUACCCCCUGCCCCGAGUCACCGCGGAGGGCUUGUCCACAAACCUCCUCCGCGACAUGUACCCACAGGUGGACUGUGACGCCGGCGCACGCCAGAUUUAUCAACGCCACGUCCUCGCCGCCAAACAGAUGCCGUCGCCCCGCACGUGUAACCGGCACGCGUCGAUGGCAGUGGUCGCGCUCUGCUCGGCGGCGGCCUUCUGGGACUUGACGGCGAGUUGGUUUCUCCUAUGCCUCGUCAGGGACAUGACGAGCGGCGAGCUGCACAAUCAGACGAUGAAGGCUGCCGACGCGCUCGUGCUGCGGCAUUGCGCAGGCAGCGAGUCGGCGGUAUCGUUCGACCCCGAUGAGAGGCUGCCUUGGGCGCGCGUCGCUCGCGCUGCGUGGAAGUCUGUCCAUUCCGAGCUGCUGGCCUGGGAGGCACGGCACAUCGCGACUCCGCCGUUCGGCGCCAUCGACCCCGCGCAGCAGCUGCUUACGCGGACGCCUGAGUGCUGGCGCACGCUCCUGUUGCAACUGUACGGCCAGCAGACCACCGUGGCGAGCUCGUUCCCGCAGACAAUGGCGCUGUUGCGCAACGAGCGCGUCCUGUCGGUCAUGUUUUCCAUCCUCGAGCCCGGCUGCGGCAUCGAGCCCCAUAGAGGCGAGAACAAGCUGGUGCUGCGAUGGCACCUCGGUAUCGAGGUCCCCGCGGCCGACGCGGCCGCGCCGCGCGGCGAGCGACUGGCGCUGCACGUCCGCACACAGCUCCAGGCCGACCAGGACCGGAUCCUCUGGCAGAAGAAGUUGGGGCGGCUGCAGCCAACGGGUGAAGCGGAGGGGGGGCAGGAGGAGGGCGAGGGCGUGGGCGAGGGCGAGGGCGAGGGCGAGGGCGAGGGCGAGGGCGAGGGCGAGGGCGAGGGCGAGGGCGAGGGCGAGGAGGUCCGAACAACCUCCUCGCCGUGGCACGAGUUCACGUGGGCCAACGGCUCCGACUUGCUGUUCGACGACACGCACUUCCACCGCGUGGUCAACGAGCGGACUGCGGGCAGGCGCGUCGUCCUCUUUGUGGACGUGGCGCGGGGCGGCUGCUCGCCUCGCUUUGACGCCGCACUGCCGCCUCUGCUGCGUGCCUUGCGCCGCACGUCGCGCGUACGCGAGGCGGUGGACCGCGCCAACAGCCACGCGGUGGGGCUGGCGGCGCAGGAGGAGCGCGCUCCAGCCGCGGUCGUAGCGAGCGCCGGCACCCCAUCGGUAGAUGAGCGGGAUGAGCUGUGA